AUGGCUUCCGCUAUUCCCCAGACGAUGCAUGCGUGGCGAAAACACAGAGGAAACAAUGAUCCUGUAAGCCGUCAAUUAACCCAUGACUUCUUGAAGACAAGUCCUGAGUCUCCCGGGCUAGGUAUGGGAGGAAGUCCCAGUGCCAUCAACACCCACAACUGGGUUCCUGUGCAAGAUGUUGGCCUCUGGUGUGAUCACAGCCUCCUGACCAACGAUAAUCAACGACCGUGGUUCCAGGAGAAGUACACACUGGGCCACGAAGGGUGCGGCGAGAUUGUGAGCAUUGGCAAGGAAGCGAAAGGCAAGGGAUUUGACAUCGGUGACAAGAUCGCCCUUCUCGCAGUCCCGGGGUGUGGAAAAGACUCGUGCCUGGAAUGUUCGCGAGAUCUAGCUCAACUCUGCCAGGCUGCCCACCACUCUGGAAUUGGACAGGAUGGCUUCUAUGCUCCUUAUGCGGCAAUCGACCUUCGAGGCGCGGUCCAUCUACCGGACGGAGUCCACCCCAACGUCGCGGCGGUGGCCACAGACGCAGUCACGACGGCAUAUCACGCAAUCACCCGGCGAGGAGAAGUCAAAUCCAGCGAGACGGUGUUCCUCUUCGGCCUUGGAGGUCUGGGGUUCAACGCUCUACAGAUCAUCAAGCACAUCGGAGCUCGAGUCAUUGUUUCUGACCUUCGACAGGAGCGACUGGAUGAGGCGGCGAAGCUAGGCAUCCCCCGAAGCGAUCUCGUGCCGGUCGGGGCGUCUGUGCAGGAGUUUGUCCAGGAGAAUGGGUUGGAGAACAAGAUCGAUACUGUGUUGGACUUUGUCGGGACGCACCAGACAUUUGAGGAUGCUCAACGUAUCGUUCGUCUGGCCGGGAAAAUGGUCUGCAUUGGCACGCUGAACCUCGAAAACACCGUCCACAUGAAGAUAGGGAUCCGGAAACGACUCUCUAUCAUUUUCUCGUAUGGAGGUCAACUUCGAGACCUAAAGGAUGUCCUCGACCUGAUCGCCAGGAAGGCCAUAGAGCCACAGGUCGAGCCAGGACGGCUGCAGGAUUUUCCCACUGUGCUCCAGGAUCUGUGUGACGGGAGAAUCAAGGCCCGCGUGGCUCUUGUACACGAGUGA